GGUAGUGAAGCCCGCGACCCGGUGCCGUGCAGAAGUGAGAUGCCGCUCAGUCCUGUGGAAGAGGAAGUGGACGGUGUCGAGGAUGCCGAGUGGGAUGAUUUUGACCGACUCCUCGCCGAGUACAAGGUGCGGCGUCGCAACGUGCCGCCCUCCCCCGUGCUGACGCGGCGCUACCUGGAGCAGCGGCAGGAGUCAGCAUUUUACCCGUGUCCACCGUCCGCCACCCCCCAGGAUCCCCUGGACCCCUACUCCGAAUAUGUGCCUUCCGACUCGAUGUAUGGCCGCUAUACAAAAGAGCUAGGAGAAUUUGCCAAAGAAGAAGCACUUAAAUUAGAGAAACAAAGAAGAAAAGAAGAAAGGUUAAGAAACGAAGAGCUCCACAAAUACAGAGGAAAAUGUGCAUCAAAACUCGCCUCCGCUUUUGGAUUUAUCUGGAAGCACACCUUCGCGAAGCUGGGGGAAGAUUGGGUGUUCUUGGCUCUGUUGGGUCUGAUCAUGGCCUUCCUGAGCUUUAUCAUGGAUCAUGGCAUCAACAUGUGCAACAAAGGUCGCAUCUGGCUCUACAGAGACCUGACCACCCAUCCCUUCGCGCAGUACAUGGCUUGGGUAGCUCUGCCUGUCUGUCUCAUCCUGUUCUCCGCAGGAUUCGUUCACAUUGUGGCUCCACAGUCUAUAGGCUCUGGGAUCCCGGAGAUGAAGACAAUCCUGCGGGGAGUGUCACUCAAAGAGUACCUGACAUUCCGCACUCUAGUGGCCAAGGUUAUAGGCCUCACUGCCACCCUUGGCAGUGGAUUACCUUUGGGUAAAGAGGGUCCUUUUGUACAUAUAGCAAGUAUCGCUGCAACCCUCUUGUCAAAACUAGUCACAUCAUUCCAGGGGAUUUAUGAGAAUGAAUCUCGCAACACCGAGAUGUUGGCUGCUGCCUGUGCUGUUGGGGUGGCCAGCUGCUUCGGGGCUCCUAUUGGAGGAGUGCUAUUCAGUAUUGAAGUAACCACAGUGUAUUUUGCGGUGAGGAAUUACUGGCGAGGGUUCUUCACAGCCGUGUGUGGGGCGACCGUGUUCAGACUUCUAGCUGUGUGGUUUCAGAAGGAAGACACUGUUAAAGCUUUCUUCCAAACAAACUUCACCAUGGAUUUUCCUUUUGAUCCACAAGAGCUUGUAGUUUAUUCACUUAUGGGGGUUGUCUGUGGGCUGGGAGGAGCCGGUUACGUAUGGUCACAUCGCCAGUAUGUUCUUUUCAUGAGGCGUAACAAGAAAAUGAAUAGUUUCCUGCAGAAAAAUCGGUUCCUGUACCCCGGGAUUGUAGCUUUGUUGGCAUCCACAGUGUCAUUCCCUCUCGGCCUCGGACAGUACAUGGCAGGUGAUCUCAACACUCAUGACCAGGUUGCCGGGCUAUUCAGCAACUUUACAUGGACCAAGGGUUACAUAUCAGUGGAGGAGUCCGAUAUUCUUCGCCACUGGACCACCAAAAACACAGACGUGUUCGUCAGCCUCUGUGGCUUCAUGUUGUACACUUGGUUUUUCUCUAUUGUGUGUUCCACCAUACCAGUACCCUCUGGUAGUUUCAUCCCUGUCUUCAAGAUAGGAGCUGCAUUCGGCCGUGUUGUGGGAGAACUAAUCCACUUGUCUUUCCCUAAAGGAGUCAGGCAUGGAAAACUCAAUACUCCAAUAAUACCAGGAGGGUAUGCCACAGUGGGUGCAGCAGCCAUGGCCGGGGCAGUUACUCACACUAUCUCUGUUUCUGUCAUUGUGUUCGAAAUGACUGGUCAGAUCACACACAUCAUACCCAUUAUGAUUGCUGUUUUGAUUGCGAAUGCCAUAGCAGCUUUACUUCAACCCUCCCUUUAUGACAGUAUUAUUCUGAUAAAGAAACUACCUUAUCUGCCAGACCUGUUACCUUCAAGUUCAGGAAUGUACAACAUUUAUGUUGAAGACUUCAUGGUAAGAGAUGUGAAGUUUAUAUGGCAUAACAUGAGUUAUCACGAGCUCAAGUCUGUACUCAAGGAAAACAGAAGGUUACGAGUAUUUCCACUUGUUGAAAAUCCAGAUACAAUGAUAUUACUGGGGUCCAUCCAGAGGAUUGAACUGAUAAAAGUUAUUGAGCGUCACGUGGGCAGAGAGCGAAGAUUACAAGUAGUGGCUCAGUGGCAGAAGGAGGCUCAGGAAAGAGCCAGAGAGGAGGAGAAAAAGAGGAGAGAGUCAGAGCAGAGACAAAGGCGACCAUCCAGGUUUGAGGUUAUCCCAGCACCAGACAUUCUGCGAGUCAAACAGAUGAGCAACCAAGAACUGGACAGUGGACUGCAGCCCCACUUUCCCAUAUUUGGAUGUCAACCAAAGAAAUCUAUUCUCAAGAAAACAAACUCCUUUAAUCUGAGGAACUUCAGUCCUGUUCUAACUCCUACGGUAACACCUUACACAACAGUGACUGGAGCCGAGAGCAGGAUCCGUAUGGCAUUUGAGGCAAUAUUCCACAAGUCUGCCACCCUGCAGGAUGUGGAGCCUGACACUGAAGCAGGAGUCGAGCUGCCAAGGUGCGAGGGUCUAAUACACAACCCAAAUCCCAUGAUCAUGACCCCAGCCAGCCCGGGGCCCUACAAGAAAGUUCAACUGCCCAAAGAAAGAGUGAUCGACAUGUCACCUGAAGAUCAGAAACAAUGGGAGGAAGAAGAAAUGAACCAGAAGGUGACCUUUGAUCAUUGCCACAUUGAUCCUGCUCCUUUCCAACUGGUGGAGAAAACUUCGCUGCUGAAAGUCCAUUCCAUUUUCUCCUUAGUUGGAGUAAACCAUGCUUACGUGACAGCUAUUGGCAAACUCAUUGGGGUUGUCGCACUCAAGGAGCUGAGGAAAGCUAUUGAAGAUUCUAACUGUGGAAACGUGCCAGCGUCUCAACAACAGCAACAGCAGCAGCAGAGUCAGGCUCAGCAGCAACCCCCACAUCUGCAGUCAGCUGCUGAGCAUUUACUGAGCAACGAGAAGAUAACAAAUAAUACUUCAAUAAACAGUACAAUAUCUAUUGAUAGUAGUUGAAAAUGUAUUAGUUAGGUACAGGUAAUUCUUAACUCAAUCGAUAGUGAAAUGAUAACAUAUCAAAUAUGUUUAUUUUCUCGCAAAGAAAGUUAGCAAGUCGUAAAAUUGUAUUGCAACAUUGCAGCUGUGAACAUUAAAUAUAAUUUAAUUUAUUUUCAUAACUGUUAGAAAAUUGUAAGGAGCUACGUAUUAAGUGCAAGUAAUUUACCUACAAAAUAUUAUCAUUUAAUAUUUUAAGGUGCCAAAAAGUUACCAUUUUGUGAUUACUAUUUUUCUAUAAAUAUUUACUAUUUUGCUACAAAACUGUUAAUGCAGUUUAAUAAAUAAAAAUAAUAGUUUACUUAGCUUUUAAAGCAUUAAGUAUUAUUUAGUUUAAAUGGUAAUUAAAUGAAUUAUUUAAGUUAUUUAUUAAGGAAUCCAGUCUUUUUCUAGAAAUAAAAUAACAUGGAUUACAGUACUUUUAAAUUGUAUGAAAUAUAAUACUAGUUCAAAUACUGCAUUGAAUCAUUAUACAUAAUACUUCACUUCGAAAAUUUAAAAAUACAAGAAAACUGUAAUUCUCACACAUUAUUUAUGAACAAUGUUUCUUCAACUUACAAUGCCAAAAAUAUUAAACCACUUAAUUAUACACAGCAUUCAUACCAUACUUUUCUAUUUUGUUAGAACGUUAAAUGAAAAUAUAGUAAUACAUUACUUCACAUAUAAAUGCAGCAUACCUCUUCAAUAAUAGUUCAACAAAUAUGGGCUUUAAUUAAUCAAAACUCAAAGAAGGUCUUUAUGAAAACAAAUAACCUGUAAAUAUGGCCAAUCAAUGGGGGAUACAACUGAAUAGGAUAUAAUGCUUUAAUUUGACUGUACAAAAAUUUAAAAUGCAACCCCUACAGAAUAUUCAAAUCUUUUGUUUUGUUUCUUUCUGUUGAUUCUCCUAUGCAGAGCACCAGUUGUUUAUUUGUGCAACAACCAGAAAUGAAACAAAGCAAGUACAGAAAAAGGAGAAAUUUGAGGGUGAUUGACUGAUUACACUCCUCUAUUCAAAAUGAUACCAAUUUGGCUCUAUUGAUAUAAACCAAUUACUAGCUGAUUUAUUUUAGUAUUUUCAAAAAUUGAGAUUUAUAUUCUUCGAUUAGGAGAAUGCAACCUUUACCACUCUGGUCCUUCUUCAAAUUGACUUUACCUUUUCAAGUCAGUAUUACAUCCAGUAGGAGUGCCAGAUCCCUUAUUAAUGUCAGGCCAAAGUACUCAGUAGGAUAUCAAUCUCCUACUCAAGCUUCUUUGUCUUCUUAGCCAAUCAAAUUUUAAUGGAUCCGAAGCAUAUUUGUGACAGAUUUGGCGUCAGCCAGAUUUCAACUUUGGCCCUGUAACUACAAACCCAUCAACUGAAUAAUAAUAGGUUAUGUCUGCAUUUAUUUUUAUAUUCAUAAUUUUUUUGUUUAAUUAUUAGUUGAAGUUAUAAGUGAAAUAAUAUACAAAAUAUUCAAAAUUUAUUUUGACUAUUAAAUACAAUUUUUAUAGAAAUGAUCCCUUUUAUAGAACAUUUGGUUACAAGGAAAAAUACAGACAUACAUACAUACACAUACACAUAUAUGUAUGUAUAUAAUGUUAUAUUAUGUUGUAAUGAAAGUCAUGUUUUAUACAUUAAUUUGAAAAGAACAAAGUUCCAAUGUUCUAACUAUUUGGUGAUGUUAAAUAAUGCAAAAAAUAAUAAAAAUUGUUUUCGGAAAUUUUGUUUUUAAAGCCUAAUAGAUAACAAGUAAAACAGUUGAUGAGUAUAUCAAUGUAUAGUCUGUGUCUGCUAAUGAAAAUUGUCUAUUGAUUCUUACAGGUGAUAAUGGAUUGUUCUGUUCUAGAACAGCACCCUAUAAAAAUUACAGUUGUUCUAAGGUUGACUCAUAAUAUUUAGAUUGUCUACAUUAAUUCUGCUUCCUACUUACAUUUGUUACUUACCUGCCAUCGAUUCUGUACAACAUUGCUUGUACUGCUCCAUUGAGAACCAGCCAACUUAAGCAAACCCUCCCCUCCUACAGCACCCUAAAACUAACUAGCGUACAGCGCUGGUAGAUAUGGCAUUUUAUGGCUUUUGUCGGUGUGACACAUUUAUUUAAUCCACAAAAUGAUUACGUCCAUUAAUUUCCUCUAAUUUCACCCAUUUAUGGGUUUUCACAAAACUAUUAUAUACAACGCAUUACAUAAUUUAUUGUAUAUUAAUGUUGUCAGAAAUAUAAAUAUAUUUUCAACCAAUGGUUGUUAUUAUAUUUUGUCUAUAUGCUUCAUAAUAUUGUUUUGUUUUCCUUUAUU